AAUUGGCGCUCAUCACUUCACUGCUCCUACGUGAGCACGGAAAUAAAGAAAUUACAGAAAGUGAGAGCAAAUGAGUAAUCCUUCUGUUUGUUAACUGAUUUGAACAAAAGGAGGCCAUUAAUUCACAUCACCCUGGAAUUUGGCUAUAAAUAGUUAUGUCAGGUCAGGUCAGGAUCGUUGAUCCCUCAAAAACCGCCAAUCACUCUGACAAAUGUGCAAUUGUACAAGAGCGUAGCCUUUUGUGUCUCACUCCACGCCUCCUCAAUCGCUAUACUGUCUUUGUCUCGAAUCGAUCAUUGUCAGGAUUUUCAAUCCAGAUUAUGAUUUUAUCGGUUUAUUUUCUGCUCCGUGAAAACCCAAACAUACAAAAACGAAAAUGAAGCGAGAUGAGGACCUGGGUCCUCACCACCGUGCAGAUGAAUUCCACACAGACGAUGAAGAACAUCAAGCAGAAAGGAAUUGCGAUCAUGAAUAUGAUUCAGAAUCUGAUAACUCUUCUCCUUCGCCUAAUUUUCAAAUCCACAGUUUUCAGGCUGCUAUUCCUACCUGGCCUCAAAGUUACAGGAAGUCGAUGGAUAUGCUUGGUAGUGUGCCACCUCCUUCAAUUUGGUCUUUUAAAGGAACUAUUGUGGCAGACAUGACCAGUUCUAUAACUUCAAUUUGCAAGAGACGUCAAAAUUCUGAAUUUUCUCCUUUCCUAAGUAAACCUUUUGUCUCACACCACAGUUUAGAAAGAGAAGAAGUUCCUACUUCUACAUGGCCAAUAAAGUUUUCUGCAUCUUCUCGGUCUAGAUUUUCCAUUGGUGAAUUGCCACAGUCAAACAAGGACAGUUCGUUUGCUCAAGCUGUCCUAAAUGGUAUAAAUGUCCUAUGUGGCAUAGGACUCCUUACAACUCCAUAUGCAAUCAAAGAAGGAGGAUGGUUGAGCCUCUUAGUCCUCUUACUUUUUGGCAUCCUCUGUUGCUAUACUGGGACACUAUUGAAGAAAUGUUUAGAAAGCUCGCCUGGACUACGAACUUACCCUGAUAUUGGGCAGGCCGCUUUUGGAUUGUCUGGCCGACUAGCAAUAUCUAUUAUGUUAUAUGUUGAAUUAUAUGCAGCUUGUGUGGAGUACAUUAUCAUGAUAAGUGAUAACUUAUCGAGAUUGUUUCCAAACACAUUCAUAAAUUUUGCUGGAACACAUCUUGGUUCUCAUCAAAUCUUUGCUCUGACUGCAACUGUUAUUGUUCUUCCAACUGUCUGGCUUCGAGACCUUAGUUUGCUGUCUUACCUUUCAGUUGGAGGAGUAGGUGCAUCGAUUUUGGUGGCUUUCUGCUUGUUAUGGGUUGGGGUGGUGGACAAAGUGGGAUUUCAUCAUAAUGGAACAGCUCUAAACCUUGCAAAACUACCUUUCGCAAUUGGUAUAUAUGGUUAUGGCUUCUCUGGCCAUGCUGUUUUUCCAAAUAUCUACACCUCCAUGAAAGAGCCAUCCAGCUUUACGUCAGUUCUAAUUGUUAGCUUCAUAUUUUGUUGGUUUAUGUACACCGCAGUAGCAAUAUGUGGCUUUCUGAUGUUUGGUAACUCAAUCAAAUCUCAGUAUACAUUAAACAUGCCUGUAGAACUCAUGGCUUCUAAGAUUGCAGUAUGGACAGCGGUUGUGAACCCAAUAACAAAGUAUGCCUUGACACUAACACCCGUGGCAUUGAGUUUAGAAGAACUCAUGCCUCCUGGUCGGCUUAGAUCUUACAGUAUAUCAUUAAUCAUCAGAACAGUUUUGGUAAUUUCAACUUUAGUUGUGGCAGUGGCAUUUCCAUUCUUUGGUUUUGUGAUGGCCUUUAUUGGAUCUUCGCUCGCAAUGGUUGUUGCUGUUAUCUUCCCAUGUAUAUGUUAUCUUCGCAUACUUCAUGAAAGACUAAACAAAUUGCAGAUUGCGGCUUGCAUCUUCACCAUUACGGUGGGCGUGCUUACUGCCUGCUUUGGAACGUAUUCAUCAAUUGCAAGAUUGGCUAACAAUGUGAUGGAAGGAAAAUGAAAGCAGCCAUAGUUAUUGCAAGACAAUGUUAUGUUAGACUUUUUAAAAUUGGCCCAGGUAAAAUCGCAAGAAACAUAAGAGAAUUGGGUCAAAUUUGUAUGUUGCAAUUACAUCAGAGAGAGAUUUAGAGAUUUUGGAGGAGAAAAGAUGAUUUUUUUUUUUUUAAUAUUUUUUCUUUUUAGAAUAAGGCAACAUGUAUUAAAUCCCAUCAGCAGCGAGCCAGAAACUGAAGCUUCAAUUUAAACAGGGACUUACUCAA